GUUGCGGUUCGGGCAGGCUCUCCUCCCGCCGAGGAGACGAGAGGAGACGGGCGCUCUGCGUGCGCGAAUGUGCUCUCCAUGAACCGACAGCUUGUUUCCUGUUGGUCGUGGUGCUGCUCUUUCUCCGUCAGUUUUGAGCGGUGUGGGAGGAGACAGUGCUCUGAUUGAGCCUUCCCCGGAGACGCCGGAGCGGCUGUGGCCGUGAGAUCACAUCCUCGGAUUACAGCAGCCAGCGAGUGCGCCGUGCGUGGUACCCAGAUUACAGCCCUGAAAGAGACGGUUUCCGAUUUUCUGGGAUUGUCUGAAACGCUUAUCUCACGAAAACCGGGUUCCUCAAACGGUGGACCGUCCGCUCGCCACACCGAAACAUGGGCUGCAGUUAGCGGUUUGCUUCCAGAUCCCUGGGUUGCGCUUGCCUGCUGUCGGCUGGAAUUGCCCCUCGGUUGUACCACCGCAAUCGAGCCAUCGCGCAAACUACAAUGUGGGGGAGAGUCGCCUCUGAUUACGAAGAUGGCUUUGAUAACUACAAAGCAGGUCUCGCCGCGCCCUCUCCAGGAUGGCCCCCUGUGUGCGCGUCGGCGUGGCAGGCCGCAGCCUCGACUGGGGGCAGCGGCGGUAACCGAGGGAGACGCCUGAGCGCCGCCUCCGACAGCGGGGACACGGGCAUAGGCACGUCCUGCUCCGACAGCAUUGAAGAUCACCUGAGCUCCAGUGGCACGUUGUCCUUCAGACCCAUCAGGGCCCAGACGGCCAUCCCCACGGCCCACGUCAUGCCCUCCACCUCCGGCUCCCAGCUCGGCACCCCUCUGUCCGGGAGUGCCUGGAGCACCUGCCUCACCUUGCCCACGAGGAGGGCGGACCCCCUGGACAGCCCGCUGGACAUGAAGGACCCCCGGCCGCCGCGGAGGUGGUCCUCCCUCACGCGGCUGAGCGCCGCGGACCGACACAGUCCCAGCUCCAAGGGGGAGACGCAGAAUCUCGCGGGCGGAUCUGUGACAGAUCAAGCCCAGCUGUACAGCUGCCAGCUAGACCACUCGCACCGGGGCAUGGAGCCCUUCACGCUGGAGGACCCCCAGAGUCACCCCAAACUCUUGCCCAUCUCUGGCCCCAGGUGUAAUAAGUACGCUAACAGCAACAAAGCCGACAUCCCCCUUCCUUCUCCUCUGAAGCCCAGUUCCUUAGACCUGACCUACAGUGCCUUACCUGAAAGCAAAGCAGUAGCUGGCCAGCAGGCCUCUGGGCAGAGGUGUCUGCCUCUGGGGCACCAGGCGAUGGGGGGUUCGCCGAUCCAGCCAGCUGUGAGAACUCAGAUGUGGCUCAGUGAGCAGAUGCACUCCAACCCCGUGGAUUACAGCAGGCCAGCUCCGCAGGGCCUGUGCGCGGUGGCUGCCUGGCAGCAGGAGCAGCAGCUGCAGCGCCUCCGGAAAGAGGCUGAACUGAUGGAGCUUUGUGGAGGAGCUCCUCUUCAAGUGGACACCAUCAUGAAAAUCAAAGAGGGCCUUCUGCGACAGAAGGAGCUGGUGAUUGAUCGGCAGAAGCAGCAGAUCUUUCAACUGCAUGAGAAGAUCAGAGAAAAUGAGCUAAGAGCCCAGCAGGUGAUCCAGGGUCAGUGCAGGAGCUGUGAGGACCCCUACCUCCUUAAAAUGAAGGAGUCGCAGUUUGGGAACCUGCCCUUGCAAGCUCAGUGUUCAGAGAGACCAAACUCUCUCCACUGUGAAAACGGAGAGGUAGAACGCCAGCUUGCCACUGCGGAGCGGGAGGUCACUCAGUUCAGUGAAUUCCUGAAGCAAAACACACAGAAGUACACAGAGGAGAUUAAAAAACUGGAAGAGAAGUUGAAGACAAGAGACAAAUAUAUUAGCAGUCUGAAGAAGAAAUGUCAAAGGGAAAGUGAGCAAAGCCAGGAAAAACAGCAGCGGAUAGAGACACUGGAGAAAUACCUGGCUGACCUUCCCUCCCUGGAAGAUGUUGAGAACCAGGCGCAGCAGCUGGCGAUGCUGCAGGGGAAGGCCGACGAGCUGCAGGGCAGGGCCAGCGAGCUGGAGCAGAGGUCGCGGGAGAGCCAGCGCCUGCUGCAGGAGAAGGAGGACCUCCUGGAGAGCCAGAGGAGGAAGGAGAAGGAGCUUAUUGCUGCUGUGCAGAGGUGCCUUGAGGACGGGGUGCGGCUUCCCAUGCUGGACACGAAGCAGCUGGAAUCGGACAAUUUCCGCCUCCAGGAGCGACACAGCCGGAACAUCGAGAUUAUAAACAAUCAAAAGAAGCAAAUAGAAAGGCUCACUUCAGAACUGACUGCUUCAGAGAAGAAGCUAUUACAAGAACGGGCUGCUUCCCAGGAGCUAAGGAAGCAGCUGGCCGAGAAGGAAGACACCCUGAAGCAACUGUCUGAAGUGCUUGAAGAGAACCAGAACCAAAGACAGGCGGUGCAGGGGUCACGCAGCCUGGCGGGUGGCCAGCGGCAUGCGGAGCAGGUCCGCAGCGAGAUGCCUGCCGCUGUGGGCCAGCUGCUGAAAGAGAUGUCCCUGUGUCUGCUGGACCUCAGGGCCCUGUGCAGCAUCCUCACCCAGAGAGCUCAAGGCCAGGAGCCCAACCUCGCUCUGCUCCUGGGAAUCAAGUCAAUGAGUUGCUCAGGUGAAGAAAAUGAAAAUGUCGGUACAGAAGAGAGUCUCAACACAAAGCUUACUGAAGUGUGUCAGUUACGGAAGGACAUUGAUGAAUUGCGGACUAUAAUAUCAGACCGCUAUGCUCAGGACAUGGGAGACAACUGCAUUACUCAAUGACACUUUGGUGCCUCUCUGCAAUAAUGAACUGUGUUAUUUAACGCUGCUUUGUCACACUUCCCUGCAGUUCUAUUACAGAGCCAUUGUGGAAGAUGGCAACUUAUAAAUGAACCGAAGGAGAAAUAG